AUGUCUUGGUGAGUUUAUCAUAAGAAAAAUUAGAUUGAAAAGUGCAUUACUUAAGCCAUGGAUUAUUUUGCCUUACAAAAUGCGAUUAUAUAAAAAUGUUUUGUAAAUAGGAUUUCAAUUUUUGAAAAUGAUUAUUGUAAGAGGAUAACAUGUACAAAAAAUGUCUAUUUUUUUCGAUUUUCAGCAAUAUUUUCCAACUGAUUAGAAAGUUUUCUGACGUUGGUUUUCUCCAUUUUGAUUUCUUGAUUCUCCCAAUAUCUUCUGGAUUUUUUUUAAAGAUAUACUGUUUUGAAAGAUAUAUACAUACAUUUAUUGACUCAAGCUAUUGAGAUAUUGAAACAUGCCAUUUAGCACAUAUUAUAUAGUUUUUCCAGAUUCUAUCAACUAAUAUUUCAUGUUUUUUUUUUCGUUUUUAGCAAACACAUAUUUUAAUCUGAAACAACUGUUGUCAAUACGAUUUAUAUAGAAAUCCAUCAAUUUUUUAUCUGACUUGUGAUUCAAUUAAUCAAACCAAAAAAAGUCUGAAAAUGUGUUUCUUUGAUUUUUCGAGAAAAAAAAUGCAUCCAUCCCUAUAAAAAGGAAAACCAGUUCAACACAACUACAGUACCCCUUCUAUCGGAAUUGAGAUUCACUAACGAGCUAACAAACGCAAGUUUCCUUCCGGGGCACAACUGAAGAGAAUCUUUUGAGUGAGAGAAGCAGUAGUACUGUGAACAAAAUCAUUUUGUCUCGAUUUUUGCCUUUGUGGUUAACUCAACUCACGCUAUAUUUCCAUUAUUUCCCAAAACUAAUUUCUUCUACAUUUUUCUUUUAUUAUUAGGAAAAAUAAGAGAGAGUUCGCUUUUGUUUUUCGUUGUUUUUCUUUUUAGGACCAGCUUUUCUCCCCAUUUUUAUUAUUGGAAUUCAUAGUUUUUUUUUUCGUUUUUCUUUCAACAUUGAAAAGAAAUGAAAUGAAAUGAAAAUGAGAAAUCGUGAUCUGAAAAUGAAAAAAAAACAUUCUAGCGUCAGAAUAUGUUUCUCAUUUUAUUAAGUAAUCCUUUUUUUCUUCUUUUGGAUAUGUCUUGAUUUGAUUCACUGAAAAGAAUGACCUGCUUCUCCAAAAGAAAAGUAAAUCCAAUUAUUUUUCCUUCAAACAGUUUAGAGAAGUUUUUAACUAAAAAUUGAUCCAAAAUAUAUGCAUAAAAGAUGACAAUGAUUGUAUUGCGCACACUUGGAUAAUCCAAAUCUUGAGCACUCAACAGAUUAGUAAAUGUAUUUUCAAAAAAAAAAUAAAUUCUUCAUCUCAUAAAAAUGUUUACUCUUUGUUCUUCUUCUUUUUCUGCUUGUUAAUAUUAACCAAAAAACAUCACUAAAAUUGUCAAAAAUAAUUUAUGUUUAUAUAUUUCAUUUUUUCAGGGAAAUGGGCAAUCAGAGUGCUCCAGCAAAUGCUGCCGCAACUGUUGGAAGUAUUGCCUAUUGUUAUGUACUUCCAUGUAUAUGUGCCAUAGGUUUGUAUUUUGUUCUUUUCUUUGUCAUGUCAUACAUCCGUUUUGAUACAGAUGAGUGACAAUGUGUCUUUUGAAUAGACUCAAUUAGGACUUUGUUAAACGGCCAAAAAAGUCAAAAAUCUGAUCUUUCAGGGAUCGUUGGAAACAUUACAAACUUGAUUGUUCUAGCAUCUCGCAGACUUCGUGCCGUGUCUUAUAUGUACCUGAGAGCAUUAGCAGUUGCUGAUCUUCUUUGUAUGCUCUUCGUAUUGAUUUUCGUUUCAACAGAGUUGAUUAACAAAAAUGGAUCAGCAUUGAGUCAAUAUAAAUUGUAUCAAAUAUAUCAAUGUCAUUUUAUGUUGACGUUAAUUAAUUGGGCUCUAGGUGCAGGUUGUUAUGUUGUUGUUGCAUUAUCAUUGGAACGAUAUAUCUCGAUUGUUUUUCCAAUGCAUUUUCGAACAUGGAACAGUCCACAAAGAGCAACACGAGCAAUUAUGUUGGCUUUUUUGUUACCUGCAAUGUUUUAUAUACCUUAUGCUAUCACAAGAUAUGAGGGAACCCAACAUUUCGAUCCGGCAACAAAUAGAACAAUCUAUUCGAUGAAUGAUCAUCCGAAUUAUAAAACGUUCACCUGGCAGGUUAGUAAUAAGCAAUACAGCAAUUAUUCAUUAGUUUAUUUCUUAACAUUUCAGAUCUACAAAUGGACUCGUGAAGCAUUUCUUCGUUUCUUGCCUAUCAUUAUUUUGACAGUUCUCAAUAUUCAAAUUAUGAUUGCUUUCAGAAAAAGACAGAAGAUGUUCCAGCAAUUGACCAAGCGGAAAGAGCAAGGAACACAAAAAGUAAAAUUAAUUUUAAUUUUCCAGACAAAACCGGAACUUUAAUUAUUUAUUUGCAGGAUGACACUUUGAUGUACAUGUUAGGAGGAACUGUUUUGAUGUCAUUGGUUUGUAAUAUUCCUGCUGCAAUCAAUUUGUUACUUAUUGAUGAGGUAAAAAAAACAUGAAAAGAAAGAUUAACUCAUAAAGUCUUUGUUUUUAGACAUUGAAAAAGCGGUUGGAUUAUCAAAUAUUCCGGGCGGUCGCAAAUCUUUUGGAGAUUACAAAUCACGCUUCACAAUUUUAUGUGUUUUGUGCUUGUUCCACAGAUUAUCGUACAACGUUUCUUCAAAAAUUUCCGUGUUUUAAAGCGGAUUAUACAAAUCGCGAUAGACUUCGAUCAUUUGUUCGAAGAACUCAAUCAGUUAUACAUCGGGAUAAACAAGGAAGUGUUGAACACACUAAUAAUUCAAAGGUUUGGAUUCUCAGAAACAGUGAUAAACCGGAGGUGAGGUCUAAUGGAUUCUAUUUGGCAUGAGAAUAUUAGAACAAAACCUUUAGAUUUUUAUUCAACAUUUAAAUUUCCCCGUUUUCCAUUAUGACCUCACCGGCAUGUUUUCACAACAACAAAAUGUUGAAUAAUUCAAAUUUGAAUUUUAUAGUUUCAAAGAGAUUCUCUAUCACAUCAAUCUUGUAAAAUGUCUCGUCGUAUUCCAAUUGAACAAGAUACUGUAGAUAUUCAACUAGCAUCAGGUGAACAAAGCACAAGUGGUGAAGCCAGAGAAGCAGAAACACUUAUUAAAUAUGGUGGAGCUGCACAAUUAUGCUCUGAUGAUAAUAACACUACUUUCUUAUGA